UGACGUUUGCUGGGCCGUCUGUUUGCUUCUUUCCAUCUCCGUCCAUCCAUCCAUCCACCCCCGUUCUUCUUUCCGGCCCGCCUCGUGCUCGCCACCUCACUGUCUUUACUGCCUACUCCUGUCAUUCUUUUCGUUUGUGUAUAGUACUCUGUGGGAACAUCGUCUACCCACACCUCCCUCUCCCCCUGCCUAUCCCAUCCACAUAUCACCACCAUGCCCCGUAUCGCCGCCCGCACAGAAACAUACGACACGAUUCGCGAGUGCAACAGACACUACCGCGCCAAGCGGGACCACAUCCUUCACAUGCUGGGCAAAGCAUCCUACAUCGAUGGCUCUCAAUUCCUCAUCACCUUCAUCUCCCCCAAAGGCGAGAUCCACACCUUCCAAUCGACACUCCUGAAAGAACCGUUUGAAACAAAGCAGAAGGUGGAUGAGGGUGGCGGUCUGUUGAAUAUGGACUCGCUGAAGUACCAUGCCGCGCAAGUGAAGCAAAAGCUGAAGCAGCGAAGAGAGGAGGAAGGGAAGAGUAAUGCUCAGAUCGUGCCGGGUGCCAAGGGGAAGCUUUUGCCCGUCGGGUCAGAUGAUGAAGACGAGGACGAUGUCGAAGACGACGACGCCGACGAUAUCGACCCUGACAGAACCCUUGUUGAACCUCCCACCCCUGCUGUCGCCAGCUCCAGCAAACUUCCUUCCGAUCAAGACAAGACCGUCUUUACCAUCCAACCCGACGACAUCGUGCCCUACUAUGAGAAACGUUUCUCGUCGGUGCAACAGGAGGUCUGCAAGCAGGUGGCCAAGGCUUGGAUCAAGGUCGUUGAGCCCAAGAAGCAGAGCAGAUUUCCUUACAACAAGGGUGACAAGUCCAAGCCCAAAUGGUGGCCCAAAUCCAUCGAGCACCGUGCCCCGGACCAUCUCACCAAAGAACAACGACUUUCCCUCCUCAUCCACAUGCUCCGAGGCAACCUUGCCAAGGUGGCUGACUUGGAACUGUCGGUGGCCACGAUAAUGGCGUGGUUGCCUGCCGACAAGUUGGAGAUCAUCCGUGAGAUCUGUUUGGUGGCUCGUGCCGAUGAAGUUUGGAGGGCGUCUGGCAAAGCCGACCGGCCUCUUGUGUUGACUAUUCCCGAAAGUCUUCGUGAAGUAUGGCUUGCGGGGGAGACUCUUCCUCGGUACACCAACGAGGCUCCUCUUGGUGCCGCUGCCGUCAGAGCUGCCACUGAGGGAGCUGCUAUCCAUGCGGCUGCAAUGGCUGAAUCCCAGGCAGAGCUGUCGCAGGCUAUGUCUCCUGCAUCAGCGCCCCCCGUCGAUUUCUCCAAGUCUUCGUUGGUCGAAAAGACCAAGAAGCGACCGAGCCCCUUGGGCAUGUCCGACAAGCUCAACGCCCGAAUGCCGGCUCCCAAGCGCCAGAGAUCGACACCGUCUAUCAAUUACACCCCCAUGCACCCCAACGACUACAACUGGCGUCCCCAAGGUUACAUGCCCAACCACCAACCUCCCUUCACUCCUCUCGGUCUCCAUCUUCACGACCCCAACCCCUAUCCUCCUCCAUUCUCUCACGUACCUCUUGGUCCUCAGCACCACCAAGCUCCCCCUCCUCAUGUGCAUGGCCAUAUGGGAGAGCAUGCGCCGAGGUACCACCACGUCCCGCCUAUCAUGACGAGGCAUCACUCCAUGGGCGAGCCCUCUCCCAUCUAUUUGACACCCGCUAUGGCUUCUCCCAUGCUUGAGGACUUUAGCAACCAGCAGGGAGAGGCACCUUCAUUCAUGUAUAUCGACCCUUCCAUCACUCAGCCCGGCUCUGCUGGUAUUGACCCUUCCUCCCAGACGUCGAGUACGUCGCUCUCUGCCCCGACCCCUACUUCUGCCCCGCCGGCGCUCUCCCAGCCUCUACCUGGCAGCGCCGACUUUUCCAGAUCGGGUAGCCAACAAGGCUACAUGCAGCAGCAACAGAUGGAGUACCUAGAGGCACACACGCCGCAGAGAUACGAGUAUCUGGCUCCUACACCACAGGGCGAUACUGGCUUUGAGAGAUUCUAUGAAGGAGAAAGCUUCGACUAUGGGAUGCCGGUCGUGAGCGACCAAGUAUACUAAGGGAGGAAUAGUGCUCGUUGAGGAGUGCUUGUGCUAGAUUGCUGUAGCCUGCUUGCGCCUUUUGCUCAUUUAACGAUUUCGUAACGUACUUUUAUGCCGUGUUGCCCUGGACAUUUAUCUUGCCCGUACACAAACUUAUCAUGUCAUUUUCGCAUAUACAUACCCUAUUUCCAUCACCCCUAGUACUCUUAGAACCCUUAGAAUACCCCCAUGCAUUGCAGUAAUUGUUGAAAGAGAUACCGUUGAAAGAGGACAGUCGCGGGCGGAUAUCGCCGGAAUGCCCGAAAAGUGGCAUUUCUUUUCCUCUGGCGAUUCUUGUCGCUCGACCUCCAAC